AUGUUGAAGGACCCAGCAAUACUGAACGAAUUCUUCGCGCCGUUACCCGUUGCGAGCACUUGCACUGCCGAAUCGCCAUCAAUGGGACCAUCAUGCAAUAAUAACUCAAACAGCCAUUCAAACAACAACGUAUCACCAACUUAUCUGGAAACAUUCACAAAUCUCGAACGAUAUGUGCAACACAGAGAAGGUUUGUUUACGCGAUCAUGA